AAUACUCGAUCACGUAUCGGCGGCCCUCUGCCAGCUCAUAAGCUUAAUAGCUUGCCGCUUCGCCUAGCCUGUGUCUCCAUUGUUUUCUUUUCUUCUAGACAUACUUCUCCUGUGCUUCUCAUUCUAACGAUUUUCGACUCUCCUUCUAAUGUCUCGCGGCGCACCUAAGCCCCCACCACCGCACAAACUUACUUUCGCCACCAACAGCGUGCGCAACACUACCUUCGCCGAGGACAACAACAAGUUCUACUAUGAGAUUGUCACUCGAUUUUGGCACCCUCACCUCACUAAAAUCAACAAAUACGACUACGAGGCUCGUGUGGUCAACUGCAUUGCAGAGAUCGAGGAUCAACCUGAUAAAGAUGUGAAAGUCCGCUUCAACACUCCUGAUGCAGAGGGAGAGUGGGUGAGAGCUUGUGACUUUAUCAAGAAUGACGGUACAACGGUUGGAGGUACCUUCACCCAGGAAGACGGCACUGAAUACCGCUGGAAAGCACCCAAGCGCUAUUUACAACUCAUUAAGUCGGAUGACGAAGAAGAGGUCCCGGUUGCUGAAUAUCACCCACAUAAACGACACUUUGGCGUCUGGCGCAUGUCGCAACGGGCUUUCCUCGAAGUCAAGCCUGAAGCUGCUGCUGCAUUGGACAGAAUUAUCGUGAGCUAUCUUCUAAUUGAAAGACGCAAGCGUCAAGCCAAGAUCAAAGUCAAGUUGGAGACAAAAUAAUUCACACCGACAUCGCCUUCUCCGUCGCAUAACAGUCACCGCAUCCCCAUGUGUCGUGCGAUUCUUUCCUAGUGGGGUCAAGGAAACUGCCAACCUCCGAGAUGCCGGAUCCUGAUGACGGGAUUUCUACACAAGGAAACGUCGACACUUCUGUAUUCUUCUAUUUGUUUAACCUUCAUUUCAAGGGUUUCUUUGUUACAAUAACUUUUCACUUAUGUUCUAUUUAUUGUUGCUUGUUAAUCAUUUUA